AUGUUCCAAUCUCAAAUACCUUCUCAACAACUCUCAGCGAUAUGUAUGAGAGAACAACAAUCUCAACAGCCACAACAACAUUAUCCUAGAGAUGCAUUAGAACUAAAUCAACGAUUCAAGGAUCAUCAACAAUUUAAAGGUGAUCAUCCUUUUCAUCACAAAGAGCUAGAUUCAUUAAUUUAUCAACAACCUCAACAAUACAAUAAGGAAGAUUUUGCUUUUCAAAACUCAGAAAACACUACAGCUCCAUUAAAUGUGAUGGCAGUAAUUUCAACAAGUUCCUCAAUAGAACCAAGGUUAAGACUGGACAUGUACAACAAUGCAUCUGGCCAUUCCUCCUCGCAAGCGGCCACAGAUUCAAUCAAAAUGGAAACAAAACAAGAGCUACCCAUGCAGAUGCUCAAUAAGGAUAACAAAAAUUCUCUCAUAACCAUGAGCACAACUCCCCAUACUAAUAUUAACAGCAAUAACCAACAUGCAACUAAUUUAUUUCAACAUCAUGUGAACAUGCAGAAUAAUAACCAUUCAGCUUCACCUAUGAACCAUCACCAUUCUACAGAUUCGAUAUCCUCACUCAAUCAUAAUACUACAACAUGUAAACAAAAUUCUCAAAAUUCCUCAUGUCACAUCCAACCAUCCACUCAACAACAACCCUUCUUCCACAAUUCACAGCCAAUUAAUCAAGAGACGCAACCACAACAAAACACAGUUCAAGACAAUUCAAAAAAUAGGCCACAAAGGAGAAAUAGUAACAGCUCCUGUUCUCCAAAGAAACGAACCACAUUUGGGAUGUCUAAUCAUUAUCAACAACAACAUGUUGGUGGCACAUCAGUAAGAGGUGAUGGUGGCCAACAAUCUUACAUGCCAUUUAAUGCUUCUCCAUCCAAAUAUAAUAACAAUUUAAACACAUCUACAUGUGGUGAAAUAAUAUCGAAUAGCAAUGGAACCACUUCUGAAUAUCAUCAAUUUAUGAACAAUAAUUAUUCAUUGCAACAACGAAUUGAAACAUCAUCUCGAUCAACAACUUCCCUACAAAAUGUUUCUCCAAUGCAUGCUCAAAAGUCCGUGCAAGUUUCACCACCUCCAUCUUCAAACAACAGCACCACCACAUUCAACAUUCAACAGGAAAAGAUUAAAAAACCAAGAAAAACCAUCAAGAGAAAGUAUCAAUUCAAGAAUGUCAAGUCAGGAGAGAAUGUUAGAUCUAAUUCCUCAAGUCCAUCUUCUCCAUCCUCCUCUCAGAAUCAACAUUCUAAUGAUUCUAAAUGUAAUUCCAUUGAGACUGUAUCCUAUUAUACAACUACAGAUGGAAAGGAAUUGGAUUUAACUGGCUAUUAUCAACAUCAAUUACAGUAUACAACUUUUGAUUUCUAUAAUAAUUCAUCAGUAUCAAUUGUAAAGGCAAAUCCAACCUUUGAUGUAAAGAGUUUCAAGAGGAGUGUUGAUUCAAUUUCAAAGGAUGAAUUACUCAGAGUUUUACAUUUAACUCAACAACAGGCGAGUACAAUAUUGGGCUGCAGUGUUUCAACCAUUAAAAGAAGAUUUUAUGGUUUGAGAAACGAGUUGGGUUUAACCAAGUGGCCAAAUAAUUACUUUGAAUAUAGUCAUAUGAAAUUGUUUGAGGAGAUUUAUCCACUUUCCUUAAACUUUAUUUUGAAUAAGGGUGAGAGCAGAUAGCAUGCUUUGCAUGUGUUGAAUAUUCAGAUGUUAGUUUCGUUAACAUCCAUGCGUUACCUGAGCAUGCAUGAUCAUUAUGCAUGAGAACGACGUUGUAUAGUGAAUCUAAGAUGCAUGAGAUACUUGCAUCAUGUAUGCAGGCUGAAUCUCAAAAUUAAGUUGGUUUGAUUCUCAUACUAUAGGUCAGAGAUAUUCCAAAAAAAAAGAGUUCAUUAAAGCCGUAAUUUUCUAGAAAUCGAAAAACCACAUGUGGUUUUAUACAAUGAGCAUGUCACCUGCUUAUGGAUAAAUACUUGUCUUCAAUACGAGUGAAUCCUGCUUGUAAAGAAAAACUAAUACCACUUCGGCAUCAAGUGACUUUUUGAUAUUCAUCCAGCACCAGGAAAGACUAAGAACCUUACAGAUACAAAUCACAUAUUCAUUUACUCAUAUCAAUGGAAAUAUCAUCAGUGAGGGUUUGGGUGCUGUGUGUAGAGAUAGAUGAAAUACUCUCUCUUAUCUUUUUGAUAGCAAAGUCUAGUAAACCAACGAUUGGAAAAUCAAGCCAUAUUUUCUCAUCAUUAUUCAUUUCGUUUGUCCAUAGAAUCAAUCUUUGAAGGAGGAAUGAUUUUUCUUCACUAGAAAUUUGGGAUGGAUUAGUAAGGCAUUUGGAGAGCUCUUGCCUUAGUUCUAUCCUCUCUUUAUCACAUGGUUCAAUAUAGAUUGGUAAAGUGAGCAUUGAGACAGACUCUCUAAAUUGGUUUCCUAAUUCAAAGUGUUGGACAUAGUACCUUCUUGGUGAGUUAGAAUCAAUGGCCCAGUAAAGGGUAUGCGUUCCCUCUAAGCCUUUGAGCUCAAAAUUACCCAUAUUAUCAAAGUGAAUCUGUCCAUCUUGGACUAGUUCUUUAAAUUGCUCUAGUUCGUCUUUGAAAGUCGUAAUAAAAGGAGUAUCUUUAGGCAGACUAUUGGUAGAUGAAAGAGCUGUGGCGCGGUGCUUAAUAAAACUUUGGACAUCUGAACUGACAUAUACUCUACCACCAUGUGAUUUGCUUUCAGUUCUUGCAGCUUGGUUGACUGCAGUGCCAAAGUAAUCAUAUCUCUUGGUGGUUGGGUCAAAUUGGGAUUCAAUUUCUUUUCCAAAGUGAACGCCCAUUUUAACUCUUGGUCCUUUGUAAAUAAUUUCAUUAUUCCACUUGACUUCUUUCAUGUCUGGAAAUUCCAACAUUUCAGGUGUCCAAUGUCCUUUCAAUAAGCCGUUUUGAAUAGCAAAACAGCAACCUAGUGCUUCUAUUGGAUCAUUGAAUGCGAUCAUAAAACUGUCUGAUUGGGUUUUCACUUCAUAUCCUUUAAACUUUCGAAUAUUUUCUCGCACUAUUCUAUGGUGAAUGGCCAAUACUUUCUUCAUCAAAUCUGAAUCUAAAGUCCACAUUAAGGAUGAAUUUUGUAUGUGAGUGAAAACAAUGCAAAUAGGAGCUACUUUUGGAGCUAGACGAUUUUCUCUCUUUCUAAUCGAAUUCUUUCUAACAACCCAUCCAAUCAAGAACACAAAAAU